AUAAGAUGCAGUCUCACCUUAUCACAGCCGUGGCCGUCGCUGGCCUUGCGCAGCAGGUUUCGUCGUCGUCGUCGUCGUCCAACUCUAGCAGCCAGAUUGUGACGGACCUCAACGUGAUCCAGCGGUACUGGGGCCAGCUCAGCCCAUACGCCGACAAUGCUGCGUCCUACUUUGGUGUCCAGGACGUCGGACUGCCAGACGGGUGCGCCAUCGAGCAGGCACACACCUUGCAGCGCCAUGCCCAGCGCUUCGCAACGUCAGCUUUCGACGACGGCGUGAACGACGAGAACUUUGCCCAGAAGGUCGCGAACUGGACCGGCCCUGCCAAGUUCACGGGCCCGCUGUCGUUCCUCAACACCUACGAAUACCUCCUGAACGAUGAGGGCUACCUGACCAACAUCGGGGCCAACACCGAGUUCGUCUCAGGAGCCACGUUCUGGAAUCGCUACGGACGUCUCCUCUACGAUGCGGUCCCCGGUCAGCUGCAAUACAACGCCAGCUUUCCCAACGGCACGGCCAGGCCGAAGCCAGUCCUGCGCACCACAAGCCAGAGCCGCAUAACCAACUCCCAGAUCAACUGGGCCCUCGGCUUCUUCGGCACCAGCUUCCAGGUGACCCCAGACCCGACACUGGCCAACUUCACCGCGCCGUUUGACGUCGUCACCAUCACGGAGGGCGGCACGGAGAACAACACCCUCGCCGCCUACGACAGCUGCUUCAACGAUUAUGACUACCCCGUCGUGGAAAUGGGUGAUCUCGACCUCGAGACGUACAUCCCCAAGUACCUGGCCGCGGCCACUGCCCGUCUGAGCCAGUAUGUUCCCUCCGGGUUCGACUGGACCGCCAACGACACGUAUGCCAUGCAGUCCAUCUGCGCCUACGAGAAUGCCUACAUCGGGGACUCGCAGUUCUGCGGCUUCUUCGCCCUCGACGAAUGGGCUGGGUUCGAGCUGACGCUUGACACCGAGUACUACUACGACUAUAGCUGGGGAAACCCCACAGGCCGCGCCCAGGGCAUUGGCUACCUGCAGGAGCUGCUGGCUCGUCUGCAGAAGCAGUACAUCGACGUCAGCUCCACCAGCGUCAACUCGACGUUGACUGACAACCCGACUACAUUUCCCCUGGACCAGGCCUUUUAUGCCGACUUCAGUCACGAUGACAUCAUCAUCAGUGUCCUCACGGCGAUGAGCAUGGACUACUUUAAGGAUGCGCCCGAUUUUACCCAGUAUCCCCCCGACCCGGAGAGAAAGUUCAUCCUCUCCAACCUGACGCCCUUUGGCGCUCGUCUCGUGACGGAGGUGAUUGGGUGCACGUCGCCCAGCCCAGCCGUCAACCCUUACUACAGCACUGUCUACUCGCGCACUGCCAACGGGUACAAUGCCGGCAACGCAACCUACAAGUUCAUCCGCCAGCGCCUCAAUAAUGGCAUCCUGCCCCUUGACAGCAUCCGAGGCGGGGCCUGCGAGGGUCGGACGGACGGUCUGUGCCCCAUGACCGACUUCAUCGACAGCCAGACCAACAGCACGAACCUUGCCAACUACCAGUAUGCGUGCUUUGGGAACUACAGCAUUAGCUAUGAUGAGGUCCUGGCUGGCAAGGACUAUGACGGGACGAUCUUUGAAGAUGCAUAGAAAGAAGAUGUGAAGGGAUUUCUGGACGUGUUUGUUCUUCUUGUAGAUAUGUGAAUCACUCAACAAAAAGAAAUAAAAAGAGCUCUCAUCAGAUCAG